AACCCCUCAUCUUCUUCGGAUUCUGAACGCUCAUUUCCUUGCCUCUCAGCAUCAAUCAAUCUAUCUACAACAGAUCGCUUAGAUUCGAGCCAGCCCCCCUGGUUAAGAUCAUGGCCCAGCGAUUGGUGAAUCCUCUAGACUACUUUGCCAUCCAGAACGUCAUCUCACGGUAUUGCGUCGCACUGGACUCCAAGGAAUUCGAGCGUCUGGCAGAGGUCUUUACGACAGACGUGGACGCUACGUAUCCGUUUCCUGGCGGCGACCUGAAAGGCAUCGAGGCAUUGGAGAGUAAGAUCCGUGCAAGACUUGGCAAAGUAGUCACACAGCACGCCCUCACCACCCAAAUCAUCACGUUCAACGACGACGGCAAAAGUGCCUCGGCAGAAACAUACUUCACUGGCUCGCAUUUUGGGCACGGCGCCUUCGAAGGCCAGGUCAUUACUGCAUACGGGAAGUACAUGGAUCAGUUGGUUUGUUGUGAGGGAGCAGCACCCGGAAUGCCAGGAGCGUCAGGCUUGUGGUUGAUCAAGAAGCGAGAGGUGCGAUUUAUGAAGAGAAUUGGUGACGAGGGCAUUAUGCAGAAAUGAAGAGCGCCCUUUCAUGCACUCAUCUUAGUCAGAGUCAGACGCGCACUGACGAUAAAAUAGCCGCAGCAUAACCCAAAAGUAUGUUUUUCAACCUAGACGUUACAUAGACAACGGUCCCGUUCAUACCAAGAUCGAUCGAUAACUAACAAAAGCGAUGGUUUGCAUAACGAGCGAUGAACUGCUGGGUAUAUCUUUCCGAGCUCUCCUACAGCUUUCUUGGCCUACUUCCCGCCCUUGGGCAU